AUGGCGCCCGCAAACCUCCCCUCUAUCUUCAAUGCCACGAGCAAUGACAUCGAGCAGCUGCUCGCUGCUCAGUGCCACGUCGGCUCCAAGAAUCUCCAGGUUCAUAUGCAACCGUACCUGUGGAAGACCCGUGCCGAUGGUGUCAACGUGAUCAACAUUGGCAAGACCUGGGAGAAGAUUGUUCUUGCUGCCCGCAUCAUUGUCGCCAUUGACAACCCGAGCGACGUUUGCGUCAUCUCCGCCCGUCCCUAUGGCCAGCGUGCCGUGCUCAAGUUCGCUGCGCACACCGGUGCCCAGGCCAUCGCCGGUCGCUUCACCCCCGGUUCGUUCACCAACUACAUCACCCGCUCUUUCAAGGAGCCCCGCCUUAUCAUCGUCACGGACCCCCGUACCGAUGCCCAGGCCAUCAAGGAGGCUAGUUACGUCAACAUCCCCGUGAUCGCCCUUUGCGACACCGACUCUCCCACCGACUACGUGGAUGUUGCCAUCCCGACCAACAACAAGGGCCGUCAUGCUAUUGGCGCUGUCUGGUGGAUGUUGGCUCGUGAGGUCCUGCGUCUCCGCGGCACCAUCUACAACCGCGAGACCCCCUGGGACGUCAUGGUGGAUCUGUACUUCUACCGUGACCCCGAGGCCGAGGCUGAGGACAAGGUCGAGGAGGAGAAGCUCCCCGGUGUCGAGGAGGAGGGUGUUGUCGCCAUCGAGUCUGGCUACCCUGUUGCUGGUGGUGGUGACUGGGAUGCUGCGCCUGCUGGCUUUGCUGCUGCUGGUGGCGGUGAGUGGAGCGAGGCUCAGGCCGGCACCUGGGAUGCUACCGCCGCUGCUGGCGGUGCCGCCCCUGCUGCCACUGCCCCUACUACCGAGUGGGGCACUGAGACCAUCAAGGAGACCGCCGAAUGGUAA